GACCAGACGUAUAUGAGUGAGCCAACGGACAUAGAAGAGUACGUUGAAAAUGACAACGGCUUCAUAUACCUCGGUACCAAGAACCAGAUACAAAAAAUCAACUGGUGUUUCUCACAGUACGAGAAUGACGUCCUAACGACAGCCUAUCACCUGAUGGACCUAGCUUGCCUGGCGUACGAUGCUCGUAACGAUAUGGCUAAAAUCGUCAGAGCUAUCUGUAGCAAUAUAACGUCAUGCGAAGACAGUGGAGUCAUCUCCGGGAACUGGUCCUGCUCGCAUGCUCCAUACACUGCUCCCACUCAAUGGCUGGGCACUCUUCCCAUAGUCCGGGAUUUCCUGAUGAGCAAGGAGCCGACCAAAUACGGGCACUGCUACGUAUUCGCCGCUCUAGCUACUUCACUCUGCAGAAGCCUAGGAAUCCCGUGUCGUUGCGUCACUAGCUACGCUUCGGCACACGAUUGCGACGGAAUUAAUAAAGUUAACCUACACUGGGGCAUACACGGAGAGCCCAUUGACGUAUUGAAUACCUUAAAUUGCUGGACCUUCCACGUUUGGUGUGAGGCCUAUUUGAAAAGACCUGAGUUGUUACUAAACUCUUAUAAUGGCUGGCAGGCAUUCGAUCCGACACCUCAG